UUUUGUUGGUGGGGCAGGAUUGGAGUAUGUCAUGAUAAAUUGGCAUGUAGGAGAGGUUAACUUUUAUAAAACGUUCAAAAAACGGAAAGUGCAAGAACUCGUGUACGAAAGACUUUUAAAAGAAUCUUCAACUUCAAAUUGAACAUGCCUGCCGGUCUAUCUUGGCCUCGAUACAUCACAUUUUUAAUUGCAGCAGGGACUACAGCAAUGUGUGGUUCGCAAUUAGUUCACAAUCACUACAAACCAUUACAUGAUCUAGAGAGUCUUGUGGAGGAAGAAUUAAAGAAACUGAGAACUUAGAAAUCUAGUGUUAAUAAAUGUACAGCGAAAAUAAUUCAAUAAAAUGAACUGUGUUUGAAGAAA